AUGGAGGUGGCAACACAUACUGGUCUUGAGAAGCUUGUUGAGAUUUUGGGUAUCCAAACCCACACGGAACCCACGCAAGCGCCUAAAGUGAUUGUGAAACAAGCUAAGAAGACAACCGCUGUUAGCGCGGACUUGACUUUUAACUCCCUCGACACGGAGGGGAGAGAUGAAUUGGACAUCUAUCAAAUCCGACAUUACUUUGAGCUCUCUGCGUCGGACAAGAAGUCCGUGUACUUAUUAGAGAAGGAUGUUCGGCAGAUUUUGAAUGAAUUGAAUCUGAGCAAACCGUAUUGUGUGCAGCGAAAUGAGUUUAACAUAUUAGUGAAGUACUUGAAUGACAAUUUAGAUCGCCUUAUAGCCAUGUCACAACAGUCUUCGUUGUUCCACAACUACUCAUUAUUGUAUGAUACGCCAGUGGUACUACUUUCAAAGCACGAGAACGCAACUACGCGAAUCAACGUGUCGAAAUAUACACUACAAGCAACAGACAAAUACCACACCGCAUUCAAAACUAUGCUCUUUGCUCAGGGAAAAGUCAUUGAAAAAACACCGAGCUGGGAGUCGGUGGUACACACACACUAUUUCGACUCAGACCAAUACACACAAACAAUUAAAAAAAGAAGUCUAACAACACUAUUGAGGAGAAAGAGUGAGGGCGAACGACCAAAGUUGUUGUUCGAGUUAUUUACACCACUGUUUCAAUACAAAGAUUUGGCGGUGACGCUUGCGGGAGUCCGGAGCGCCACUACUUUAAAUACACAAAAGCAAGUCUUUCAAAAAGUCGGAAUUAAAAACAUUUUAGUUGGCGGGGAGUCCCCACCAGAGAAUUUGAAGAUCGUUGUCGCAGUCUACGACAUCAAUUUGCAGGAGAAACUGACAGAGGACUUUUCUAUUGAAUCGGAUAACGAAAUUAAAAAAGAGGAGGAGAAUAAAAAGAUGGCAAAAACCGAUUUACAACACGAGACUGGCGAGGGAUAUGACAAAUCGACUCAAUCAACUCAAAUUGAAAAGUCCGACAUUAUUGAAGAGAGUCAAAUUGGUAAAAUGAAUGAAAAAACACCAGAAAAAUCGUCGGAGAAACACUCGGAGAAGCUCGAGAAGUCGGAGAAGAGCUUUUCGAGUUAUUCUAAGACGUCUUUUCGAUCGAAAACGUCGAAGACUUCAAAUCAGUCGAAGACCCUGUCGCUCACGAAAAUUGAUAAACUCGACAAAACACAACACGUGAAUCUGGAGAGUGCCGUCAUGCAUUUUUAUUCGAAAGAACUCGAGAACAGUCCAAUUGUGUUGUAUGUCAAAGUGUAUAGAAAAGGCGGCGACGACAUCUCAAGUGCGCGCGAAAUGUACUUUCACGGCUUUGACGAUAAAAAAGCGCGGAAGAAGUAUUCGGAGAGAAAGGGGUGGGACAACUGGCAGUUUCUACUUGCUGGUUUUGUAUCAUUAAAAGGGGUUUUUGAGAUGGAGAGUGGGGAGCUUGAGAUUCCAUUUUACAAACCGGAGAAUGACAGUGAAACUCUUUACGACUUGGUUAAUAUGAAAGAAACAAGAAAGACGGCGGACGUUUCUAUGAAGUUUUGGUUUGAGAAAACCUCAGAGGAGUAUUCGUAUCAAAGCGGUGUGUUUCGAGUGAGAGGAAAAGAAGAGAAAGAUGGGAAAACGGAGUUGUUACUUGACAACAUGAGGAGUAUUAAAUACUAUGAAAAUGUGGUGUGUGAAUACACGAACAGACUCUUUGUGAAUAUCGUCGAUGUCUCCUUUGGAAAAGACAAGAAGAGGAAGAACCCGAUAAUAGUGCGAUUGUUCUUGAUGCGCAAUAACGAGAAACUGAAAUGUGUGUAUCAAAGCGAUAGAAACACUGUUGCUGAAUAUUACGACUCAAACAUUAUACAGGGGAAAUGUUCUUUAUUCUUCGAUGAAAUGAAAGUGGAGUUGCCAUUUCCUUUAACGAACAAUGACCGGCUGAUAUUUAAUGUGAUGGAGUUACACGAAGGCAUAUUAAAAAAGGAAUGGUUUGCGUCACUGCUACUCUACACGGAUUCUCUUGAAAUAGAGAGUGGAAAGCUCACCCUCCCCCUCUCGCAAACACUUGAAGGAGCACUCACAAACGAAGACGUUUUAAAAUUCUCGAUAAUAAUCGACUUGUACGUAUUGAGUGGGGUGUACCCAACAACGAAAACGUCACAUAAAGAACUUGUCAAAUUACUGAAUGGCACUGUCGACGAAAAUUUCAGUAAAAUUCCACUGAUCGAUUUGAUUCACUUUCUUCCUCUUAUAAUGAAGUCGUACUUGGAGUCAAGUGUAGUGAAGAAUCGUUCUGUUCUUGAGACCUUAAUGAAAACGGUAUGUGGGUACUGCUCGUCGUCAGAAAAGCGCAACAAAAACGUUGAGUUGUAUGUGACGAAGUACUACACCUUCUCGUCGAAGGACGUUGCUUUGAAUUUAAUCAAGGCGUUAUAUUUAACAUACAAAUUCGAUGACACAUCUGCGCAGAUCGACGUCUUCAAGCAUUGCUGGCUUCCAUUCUCGCUUCUGCUUGCGUCAAUAAAGCAAGUUGGUGCGGACCAAAACUUCUGGACUAACGCCAUCACGUUUUCGUCGAAUUUUGGAAACACCAUCCGAAGCCAUGUGAUGAAAAAGGAGAUAUUAGGUAUGGAGGAGGGCAACGCACACUUCUCCUAUUUUGUUCGUUCAGUCAUUGAGUCGGGGUACCGUGCUGAAGGCCUUAAAAUGAUGGAGGAGUAUUUAGACAAUUUGACAUCGCCGUACGACGCGCUUAAAAGUGGGUACAAAUACUCUGAGAAGUCACCAGAGAUGGAAGCGCUUGGGAUGAUAAAGAGUGAGUUUCUUGGCGUGUUUGAAGGGAGUUUAAAUUUGUAUGCUGCGAGUAAUCCCGGGAAUGUGAAGGUGAGUGACAUUACUAUGUUGGAUGAUUUGUUGUGGGUGAGACACUUACCCAUAGCGUAUUUGAUGCGACAACAUUUGAUUUUAUUAAUGAAAAGUGAAGAGAUCAAUCGUAUUAGUUUGUACUUGAUGGUUGCGUUGGUGUCCCGACUUGACCUUGACAAAAAUCUUCAAGAAGAGAAGUCGAAUUGCGCUGCAAUGUUCCUUCCAUUUGUUGUCCAGUUUCUUGAAAAGUUUGAUGAUUUUGUCUCGUGGAAAUAUGUCGCAGCGAAGACCAAAGUUGCGGAGAAGAAAGUCGACAAGAGUUUAAGUCUGCGAUUCAAUUCAGUUCAAGACUUUAAAAAGAUUAUGACGUCCGAUGCACUGAAAUUGUCGAGUAAAGAGAAUACAUGUGAUGGGACACCUCUUCAAAAUGUGACAGAUAUUGAAAUGCUUGGAUUGAUCUUUUCGUGGGUAUUAAAGAACAUGGACAAGAACGUACUGAAGGAGUGGAUCAUGAACGAAGUCCCCACGCGACUGGAAACCCUCUCAACUGUUCUCUUUCGACACAUUUUGUUGUUUCGAUAUUUCCCACUGCAAGAGACGAUCGACGUGUAUGAAGAGAUCGACAGAAAUAUCAAAUUAAUUGUUAAUGGAUUGAAAGAACAUGGGUACUAUAUCAAUAUCAAAUUAAACAGUAUGAUGGAGGACAUGAUGAACGCAAUGAACGUUAAAAAGAACUUUGAGAUCCCUUUGAGUCGUUCAUUGCGCCCAAUGCGAAUCGACGAUGUGUCCCAUCAAAAGCUUCACAGUGUGUUGACAGAGGAAAUCGUACGUGUGUGCCUCGAGUGCUUGAAUUUGGUGUUCCACAGUUUGAGUGAGCAAGAGGCGUUCGAACAACUUGAGAAAUUGAAGUGUGGCAUAGCAACAAAACUCUUUGAAGUUGGUGUGGUCAACGAAGACAUCUUCUAUUUUGCAAAGCAGUUACUUCAAAAAUUCAGAAAGACGAUAUUUGACAGUCACGAAGAGUUCACUGACAACUUAUUUAUAUCACUGAUUAAAAUCUUCCAAAGCGAGAAUGCACAAAUUCGAGAAAGAGGGGUGGAGUUACUCUGUUUGUACACCAAAAACAAUUUCAUUCAGUGCGGGAAUAUCACUCGAAGUAUUUCAUUGAUGACCACCGCUGUUGUUGAGGCCGUUGAUAUUCAAAACGUCUUGUUUGCGUGGAGCAUAGAGGCGCUCGAUAAGAUGUACCAAAAUGAGUUGAAAAAUGUCAUACAAAGUGUUAUUCAUAUUAAACGAGUCACACUCGUACCGCAACUUGAUGUACUCAAAUCACGAAGAACCAUUUACAGAGCGGAGACCCUUGGGGAUAUCGAGGGGCUCUGUGUUAUUAUCACUCAGUUGAUAGAAACGCGACUUUCGAGUCUUCAUUAUAUAGAGGGGAUGAAAAUUAGUUUAGUGAAUCGGUACUCCCGAAUGAUCGACGACAUUGUGAAGGACAAAUUUCUGAUAACGGAGGAGAUGAUCACUACGAUCGAACAAAAGGCCGAUUUGUAUAAGGACAUGGACAUCUUCUGUGAUAUACGGAAGUCGAUCGACAAAAUGAAGAAGACGUGGAAGGAGACGAAAAGCCUUGAAACGCGGCUGUUGAGUAUUUCUGAAGAGAAUAAGAAGGAAGAAAAUAAGACUGCUGAGAUAUGUAAUAACAUGAAGAAUGAGUGCAUUAAAGGGAUCAAUCGUGUUAUGCAACUUGCAAACAGUAUGUUGUCGCAUGAAAAUUGGUCGAGUGAUAUUCAUUAUUUGUACAUUGUCAAAGAGAAAGAGGACGUCGAAAAGGAGAUGAAAGGGUAUCUCUCGCGAUAUGAGAAAUUCAUGAACGUCGUCGACACUAACCCGAUCUUCCCCGUCACAAUGCAAGAGUACUCAGACAUCAUCAACGCUGUUAUUGAACUUGAAGCAAGUUAUUCUGACGUUGCCAAGAAAGUGAUGGAUAAAAGCGCUGUGGUAUCUUCUGAGGAACAAAAAGUCUCAGAAGAGAACACAAAGACCUUGAGAUGUUUUAAAGAGAAUUACAAUCAAAUCUUUUCUUCGACACACGCCUCGAAUGAUCCAACGAAACUGCGCGAGCUACGAGAUUUGAAUUUAAAUUUGACUACAAUCAAACAAGAGAAAGUAAAGGAUUGUUACUGCGGUGUGUUCCACUAUUUUGAAGUGCUUGUUCCACAGAUAGUUUCGAUCCUUUCGAAAAUCGACAAAAUAGCGGAGAAAACGGGGAGUAACAAACAACGACUUGAGAGCGCGGAGGAGUGGUACAACAACGAACGCGUCUAUUUAACAAGCGUUUUGCUCUUAAAUGAGAAGAUGAAAACAAUCGACACGUUAACAAAGGUACCGACGCGUGAGGGGGGGAUUAUUUGCGAGUACAUGAAAAUCAUUUGCGAUACUUUAGUGUCUCGCGGCGAGCUUGAAAAGGUGUACAAUCACUCUGUUAACAUGCGGACUGCGCUUCGGAUAUCAUACGAAGAGCAAUUGAGUUACAAGAGUUCCGUCCUUAAGCGGCGGACCGUCCGAAAGAGUUUAAUGCUCAACGAGAAAACGCGGCGGAUGACUGUGGCCAUUCAAAAUGAAGGGAGAGAGUUAGUGUUUGGGUGUGUAGAAGGUGAAAAUGAAUUCAUAUCAAAGAUGUUGGAUGAGCUUGGGAAGAGUGUUAAAAACUCGAAUGUAAUAUUUAAAGGGAUAGUGGAGCAGUGGAAGAAGUGUGUAGAGCUUGAAGAUGAUAAGAAGCAGUGGGUUGUGAAAGCGAAAGGCAUUUGGGAGAAUAUACAAAGGAACAAAGAGGGGAAGUGGAGCGAAUUGAAAGAAGUAUUAAAGAAGGAAGUUGAUGAGGAGAUUUGUUAUACCGAUGACAUAACGAUUAUCGAUGAUACAAAAGACAACGAACAACCAAAUGACACAAAAGAAGGUGAGAAGGACGAUUUGGAGGAAAAAGAAAAAGUCAAAAGCAUUGAAAAGCGGGCUGGCAUUCAAACUGAAAAGAAACAGAAGAGCUCCAAAGAGAAGAAACGGAAAAGUUUGAAAAUCGAAGAGACUUCGAAGUCACAGAAGUGUUCGACACCAUUAAAAAAAGAAGAAGACAUUCAAAAAUCGCGUUCAAAGACACCUCCGUUGGCUUCUUCUAACCCAAAUCCUUCAACUAUCGAUGACACAGAAAAUUCAAAGAGAAAUUCGAAUGGAAAUUCUACAACUUCUUCAUCGUCUUUAAUGAAAGUACAAACUGAACAACUCAAUUCCAGUGAUAAAGUGUCACAUAAGAAGCAAAUGAGUGUAGAGGAAAGUCAAGUGAGUAACUCAAGCAAUCAACCAACAGAACUGUCAACAGGGAAACUGUCACACAACUCUAAGUCUUCCGAUACAGACAAAUUAAUUGAAAAGAAUCACAAAAAGACGAUGUCACGAUCACAGACGGGACUUCCUCUACCAAACGAAGACUUCCUUCAAAACUUCAAUGUCACUCCAGACCCUUCACAAAAGGAUCAACAGAAGAGAAGACGUGGGUUCUCUACAAAAGGCCUUACAAAGAAAUUGGAGGAGUUUGAUAUACACAAGACGAUACUUCCAUACACGUUAACAUCAAACACAAAACAUAAGAAAAAAGACUCAGCGUCGUCUGAAAAGGUUGCGCUUAAAGACGUGAAAAAAAUCAAAGACACGAGAGAACGAAUAACACAGGAGUUUAAAGAGACUAAGGAGAAGUCGAAGGAGAAGAUGAAGAUCAAACUUCCCGACAUUGAAAUGCAAGUACUCGAAGAUUACGUCAUGUGUGGGGCAUUUGUCCACGACUCCUUUGUCAAUGUGAGUCUCUACGAGAUGAUGGAAUAUCGGACGUACAUGCAAAAGUUCAAGCACGAGAUCAAAAACAUUUUAAUUAAACACGAGGAGCUGAAUGAGCUGCAACAAAAGACGAGAGACCCCGACGCAUAUGCGGAUCGACUCUAUACAUUCUCACAAGGGUAUCUUGAUACCCCAAGACUCUAUUUGAAGUGGAUAGAGAAGAUCAGUGAGGAGCAUAGUGUCAGACAACAUUACCUUGAGGCCGGGUUAUGUGGGACACAUAUCAUUUACAUGAUCUCUCGCUUUGUAAAGAACGGCGAGAUCUUCGACAAGCUGCAAGACAUCUCAGUUGACUUUAAAAUAGAGCAGAAAAGCGUGAAAAAGGACUUUUUAGAGGUGGAGGGGUUUUCGACGGUUUCACUGCUGAAAUAUGUGAAUGCGGCAGUGAAGAAUUUCUUACUGAAGAACACCACCGACUUUGCGGAGUUUCUUCUCCAAGUGACAGUUGACUUUCUUGUGCGGAGUAAUGACACCACACGACUCCCCGAGAUCUAUUCCAAAUUGAAUGAAGUGUACCAACGGAAGAGUCAGAACUCGCAAGGGGAGAUGCACUUCUACUUGGUCGGGUUUUAUGGGAACAUCUUUGGGAGCAACAACGAGAAAGUGUAUAUCUACCACACCCACGACACCUUAGAAAUCUUUAAACAAGAGAUUAAAGCGAUAGUCCCGUUAGACAAGAAGAAGGAAAUCAUCGAGUUAGAUGCGUCGAAGAAUACAAUCGGCUUGGACUACAGUCAAAUUCACAUCAAAGUUGUUGAGGUCUUCCCCAUCUACGAGAAUGAAGGCGACUUCACUACAAAGAAAUUCAAACAAGAGAUGAUCGUCGGCAACGGGAAGAUGGAAAACGAUUGUAAGAGGCGGAUCAUCUUCGAAACGGCACAGCCCCUCCCCUCCAUCCUUCGACGCCAAAUCGUGUUUAAUAAAGCGUCCGACGUGUACAUGAGUCCCAUCGAAACGUGUUUGGACGACUUGGAUGAGAUGAAUUCGAACUUGAUCAAAGCAAUCAAUCCCCCCAUUACAGAGGAGUUAAUAACAAACCUCGAGAAGGUGCUCUUAAGUAAAAGCGGCCCGGUCGAAAUGGUCGAAUUGUUCCUUGGCGAUAAGAUCAAUGAAUUCCUCAUCGAGCAGAUCGACGAUAUGUGGCAGUUGCAAACUGACAUCUCGAGUAACGUGGAUAAGGCACUUCACAUCUUUUUGAGGAAAUUCCCAGGCAACAUGAUGUAUGGCCAAUUCGACAACGCUUUCACUAAACUCAAAAGAGCACUCUUCGAGGUUCAAGAAAGGGUCGAAGCGGUUAUUAAAGACUUACAGAAUCCAGAGGAGUAA